AUGUUCAAUGUUUGUUACGCAUUGGUCGACGAAAAUAGUAGAUAUAGCUUACAAAAAUUGAAAAUAAUGAAACUUCAAAUUAUUACUAUUUGUUUGGCUCUUUUCGCAAUGGUCCUGCCUAUCAGAGGAUAUUGCUACUCUAAUGUUACUGGUGUAAUGACUAACGGGCAAAAAAAAUAUAUAUUAGAUAAAUGUAUGCAGGCCGAAUGCAGACUGGAUAAAUCCUUCUUAUAUUUAUAUACGUGCCUAUCGGGAGACGAAACAGGUCAAAGAACAUUCUUCACGUCUAAAAAGUAUCCUCAUUGUUGUAACGACCGCUGGCGCAUCUAGGAUUUUUUUCUGAAGGAAGUGAAGCAGCAGGCGUAAAAUUAUUGGGCCUUUUUACGGUAUUUCUGGGAUUUCUAAUGGCGGGGGCUAACGGGGCUACGGCCAUUUUAAUAAAAUUUGAUAUAAUAG